UUGACGUUUGCGGAAGCAAGUCCUUGCUAGUCGGUUAAUUCAAAACCACAACAGAUAGGAUGUUUUCGUGUUAAAUCUUCUAGGAAUCCGAAAUAAGUUCGGAUAUCGCUUUUACUCCGUCCACUCAAGUUAUCUGUCACCUUUCUGUGCCUUCUACACGAGUGAGAAGCAGCCUGUCGACUAAAAUGGAGGACCCAGGUGAUACUGGAGCCGAGUCUGCAGCUCCAUCACCGGCGGGUGCCAUGAAGUCAAAGCUGGACACACUGUCCAAAGAUGACCUCAUCAAGUUUGCCAAGAAGCAGAUGGCUGCCAUGCAGAAGAUGAAGAGCAGAUGUGCAGGUUUGGAAAAAGAAGUUGAAUCCUUUAAACAGCAAUCCAUAAACAGUAACAGCAGCUCAGAUGACUCCACACUAAUACAGGAGCUGACUGAGAGGAUGGAUGCCUUACUACUGGAGAAGGCAGAAGCUCAGCAAAGUCUUGCACUGUCUCAUAAAGAUUUAGAGAGGACUAAGCAGCAAGCCAAGGAGGAUCUAGCAGCACUGCAAAGAGAGCUUGACCAUAUGAUAGAAGACCACGAGAGGAAGAUCAAAACCUUAGAGAGCAGUAUUCAAGAAUCCAACAACAAACACCAAGAAGAAGUGACUUAUUUCCAGAAAUUACUGAAGGAGCGUGAAGAGAGUGACAGAGAGCGGGAGAGUGAAAAAGAGAAGGAGCGUCAAGCUGAAGACGCCAGUAGAAGAGAGAGCGCAGAGGAAGCCCGCCAUUGUUUGGAAGCUCAACUGGAAACCCUGCAAGCUGAACUGGAAGCGAUCUGUGAGCAAAAAUCCCAGGAUAUUAGGAAGCUACAGGAGAGCCACCAAAGGGAGUUGACAGAAGCCCAGCAGGAGGUGGAGAACCUGAAGGACGAGCUGGCUCAGAAGAGUCUGCAGCAUGAGGAGGAAAUGCGGGCUCUGGAGGAGGACUGUGAGAUCGAGAGGGAGCGUCUCCUAUUGCUCCAGGAGGAGCUGACAGAGCAGCUUGCUCUCAAAGAAAGCUACCUGCAGGAUGUGCAAGAGGAAGAUGAGGAGUCUGCUCGUGGCUCAGGGAUCGCCAAAAUGCUGAAGCUAUCUGGUCUCAGUCAGGGUGACUCCAGCCAUGGUGAUGGGGAGGGGACAGAGAUCAGAAGACUGAAAGCAGCUUUGGAAGAUCUUCAAGCCCAGAACACCAUGUUACAGGAUGAGCUCACCCUGCUCAGUAAUGUGAAGGGGGAGCUAGAGACAGAGCUGGAGAGGGCCAAGGAGGAGUAUCAGACGGAAAGGGAAGAGCUAGAAUUCAAAAUCAAUGAGCUGCAGAUGACCAGGGACAGUGCCCCUGCUGACCCUGACCCUGACCAGCAAGAGGUCAGUGAAGAAAUCAAAGAGUCAGCAGUCAGUCCGGUCCAAGACCAAAAUUCUUUGAAUCCAGAGGAGCAGCAGAAGCUGAACCAGGAGCUCAGGGUUCAGUGUGAGACCUUAAUCGGACAGAGAGACUCUGCCUUGGCUGAGUGUCAGCAGAUGAGGAACAUACUUCAAGGUGUGGAAACAGAACUGAAUGAGAAGACAAACAAUUUUGUUCUUCAGUACAAAGCCAUGAAGGAGCAGGGGACUAAUACUGUACAAGAACUCCAAGAAAAGAUUGAACAACUCAGCCAGGAGAGAGAUGGACUGUUGAAAAGGGUCAAAGAGGUUACACAGGAAAAAACCACACUGGAGGAGAACAUGGAGGACCUGAAGCUGAAGCUUGAAGGUUCCACAGGUGAGAACCAGAAACUCCAGGCAUCUGUGGAGGAACAAACAGCUUUAGCCUGUGGCCUGAAGCAAUCUGUAGAGGAAAUGAGCAGCCAGAAUGAGGAGGUCCUCUCCAAACUGCAGAUGAGUGAAAAUAUGACUCAAGACCUUAAAGAGUUGGUGAACACACUGACUGAAGAGCGAGACAAAAUACACUCUAUGCUUCAACUUCGGGACGAGGAAAUGCAAAAGGUGGAAGAUGACAGAGCAAGAGAGACACUUUUGCUGAGAGAGAAGAAAGAGAAGGACCUGCAAGUCUUGGAAGAAGAGAAGCAGAAUGAAGUGCAACAGCUAAAAGAUGAAAGGGAAAAGUUUGAGAAAGAGCAACAGAACUUGAAAGAGCAGAUGGAAAGAAGGGAGGAGUCGGUUUCUGCUUUAGAGCUGUCUAUCAAAGAGCUCUCCAUAGAAAAGGCUGACCUCUGUCAGAAACUGGAAGACACAUUGUCAGAGCUUUCCAAAGCCCAUGAAGAGAGGGAGGCUUUGGGUUCCAACCUAGCAGACCUGGAGGCUCAUCUGGAGAAGGAGUUGUCUGAAAAGCAUCACCUAGAGGUGAAGAUAAAUUCAUUGGCAGAGGAGGCAGAACAGGCUCGCACCUCCUUCAGAGCUCUGGAGGAAAAUCAGUCUGAAGCGCUUAAAAAAUACACCAAAGAGACUGAGGAGCUCCGAGAAUGCAUAGAAGAGUUGGAAAAGGAGAGGACUCUUUUGAGGAGUAGGCUUGAAGAGGUUCAUGGAGAGAGUAGAGUAGAGGAGGUGCAAAAAGAGCUCCAAGCCCACAUCAAAGACCUGGAACAGGAAAGGAGCAUGUUGAAAGCCAACCUGGAGGAGGUGGUGCAGGAUACCGAAGGUCUGCAGAAAGAUCUGCAGGACAUGAAGUCAGUCAGUGAGAAGAUUAAGGAUGAGAACAUGAAACUGCAAGCCCAAAUUUCUCUGAUGACUCAAGAGAGAGAAGAGGAGGAGAAAGGGGAAAUGGGAGCAGAGAUGGAGAAGAUGGAGAUAGAGAGAAGAGAGUUCAGGGAGCAGCUGACAGAGAAAGACUCCCUCAUAUCUCAACUGAGAAACGAGGUGGAUGCUCUCCAGGAGGCUGUUUCCCAGUGUGCUUCCUCUGAGGAAAAUACAGCCAAUGAGAUCACAAAGAAAAUAGGUCUCCUGGAGAAAGAAAACAAAGGAAAGGAAGAGAAGAUGAACAAAAUCAAGGCAGUUGCAGUCAAAGCAAAGAAGGAACUGGACAUCAGUAAGAAAGAGGCUGCAGCACUCAAGGAAGAAGUAGAAUCACUGAAAGCUGAGAGGGAGAAAGUGAACAACUCUAUGAAAGAUAUCAUCCAUGCUGCUGAAGGCUACAAGAACUUGCAGAUAGAUUACGACAAGCAAACAGAGCAACUGGAUAAGGAGCGAGAGAAGGUGGAGGCUGCAGAGAGACAGAUUGCUGAGCUGACCAAACGACUCAGCAGUGCUGCCACACAGAAUGAGGCACUAAGCAGUGAGAAGGAGGACCUACUGGCCAGUUUGGAGACCAUAAGGGCCAUGGUCAGGCAGCUGGAAGCCCAGAACCAAGAGCUGCAAAGACAGUCAGCCAGUCUGGACAGAGACCUUCUGGCUGAGAGAACUAUGAAAGAACAGAAGAUCAAGGACUUGACAACUGCAACAAAGGAGGUAGAAGAGCUGACUGCCCAGCUCCACAGGCAACAGCAGCAGUCUCAGCACACUGCUCAGCAGCUGGAGCAGCUACGCAAGGAGGCGCAGCAGAACUCACUGCUCGGCAUGGAGAUGGCUGACUAUGAGCGUCUGGUGAAAGAACUCAACACCAAACUCUUAGAGAGAGAUGAGAGUGUGGAGGACUUAAAGGCCCAGAUAAACACACACACCCAGAAAGAAGAAAUGCUCAAAGAGGAAAUCGAGUCUCUGAAGUCUCAGCUGGACCAGGGGGAGGAGAAGACCUCCAAGAUUAAACAGUUGCUGGUGAAAACAAAAAAGGACUUGGCCGAUGCCAAGAAACAGGAGAGCUCCCUCAUGAUGGUGCAGGCCUCUCUAAAAGGAGAAAUGGAGGCUAACCAACAGCAGCUAGAAAGCUCCAAGAUUGAGGUGUGUGAGCUGACGGCCGAGUGCCAUCGUCUGCAAGAGCAGCUGAGGUCUGCACUGGAAAAGCAACAACGAACCAGCAGCUCCCUGCAGCAACAUAUCAACAGCCUGCAGCAGGAGAGAGACACUGCUCAGACUGAGCUCAUGGCAACAACAAAAGAGUUUGAGAAUUACAAGGUGCGAGUUCACAAUGUGCUCAAACAGCAGAAGAGCAAAACCACCACUCAGAGUGAAGGAGACUUUGGCAAACUAGAGAGGGAGCAGUUGUCCAGUCAGGUAGAACAGCUGAGGACCAGGCUGGCAGAGGGCCAGCAGAGCCUCCAGAGCAGCGCAGCAGAGCUGCAGCAGCUCCAGACAGAGCACGAUACUCUGCUGGAGAGACACAACAAGAUCCUCCAAGAAACUAUUAGCAAGGAGGCAGAGCUCCGUGAGAGGCUGCUGUCAGUACAGUCAGAGAACGUGGCUUUGCGGUCAGAGCUGACCCAGGCUCAGGCUGACCUGUCUUCCCAGGUGGAGGCCCAGCGUCAGGCCUACAGGGAGCAGCUGAGGAAGCUGCAGGAUGACCACCGAGCCACUGUGGAGACACUGCAGGGCCAGCUGGCACGUGUUGAGGAGCAGCGCUUCAACCUGCAGAACCAGAACAGUGCAGCAUCUGGUCAGUCUGGCCGUAAGUCUCUUGCAUCAGACCCUCAGCGCAGAAACACAGAUAAGAACCAGGCAGGGCUGGGACUAGUGGUCUUCAGUGACCUCCAGUCUAUGGCGAGGGAGGAGGGUGAGGGUAUGGAGACCACUGAGAAUGAGAGCCCCUCUCCUGCACUUACACCCCUCCCCUCUCUGGAGCACCUUCUCACAUCUCCGGACCCCAAGCAAGAGCCAUUUGUGUGGACAGUGGAGCUUACCAAAGAAGAGCUUAGUCAAAAGCUGAUGACAGCCACACGUAGCAUGGAGCAUAUGAACAGCCUGCUUCAUGAAACUGAGGCCACCAAUGCUGUUCUUAUGGAGCAGAUCACUUUGUUGAAGAGUGAAGUGCGUCGCCUAGAGCGAAACCAGGAGAGGGAGAAGAGUGUGGCCAAUCUCGAGUAUCUGAAGAAUGUCCUGCUGCAGUUCAUUUUCCUGCGAUCUGGCAGCGAGAGGCAGGCGCUCCUGCCUGUUAUUCACACCAUGCUGCAGCUUAGUCCAGAGGAGAAGAGCAAACUGGCUGCAAUUGCACAAGGUGAGGAAGAGGGGUCCGGGUCACGAGGCUCGGGCUGGACCUCCUAUCUCCACAGCUGGUCUGGCAUCAAAUAGAUUUCUUGAUGAAGCAAAUUAACAAAAACACUGGUAGCAUAGUGCUAAGAUGUUACUGGGCCUUUUUUUCCGUGAAAAUCUUUACUAACAAAUGAUUCUAUACAUGGGGACAAAUGACUAAGAGGUUAACUGGGGAACAAUAGAAAAGACCAAGGAAUGUACAAGGGCAGAGAUUAAAACCAAACCAUUUGAUGUGAAUAUUGAUUUAAUUAUCAGUGCAAUAGGUCCAUUAGUCUCUAACCAAUGACACAUUUGUCUUCCUUAUUUUUACUAUUGAUGUACUUAUUUUUAUACAAGGUUUUACUGGGCAUGAAGUUUACACUUCCUUGAAGUGAUACUCAUAAUAAUUCAUCAUUAGCACAAUGAGAGUGUUGUGAGUGGAUAUAGUGCAUUAUGUUUAAUCAUGUUAUAAGAGCAACAUAAAUUGUGGUGAAGGAUUCGGUCAGGAGGGUAACUAUGAAGUUAAUGGGAUGAUAAUACUUGAAUAUAUUUAGUUAUUUAAUUAUAAAAUUUUAUUUUGACUUCUAAUGGACUUCUACUGUGUAGCACAGCACACUUCAAAGACUUGGCUAGUGUUUCAUUUCUUUUGGUACAAAUGGCAUGUGCUUUACAUUUAACUAUUUUCAAGGGUGUAAACAAGAUGAAUACUUCUGAAUGUGUUUCCGUUACCUUAGAUGCAGCCAUUUUUCCAUUCCUUGCAGAGGAAUCAACAUGAAACUGACAACAUCUCUGCUUUUACUUAUUACUCGUUCCUGCCUGGAAUGUUAAAAAAAAAGAAAGCUUUUAGAAAGCAGCAAUAUGUGAAACAUGUUAAACUACCACUGUUGCCCAUUUAAAGCGUUCAAGUAUAUCUGUAAUCUCACUGCAGAUACAAAGAAGUGCAUGUCUAACGUUCUCAGGUUGACCUGACCAACAUGGCUGACUGAACACGUUUGUACUUUUUGUGGCUGAUUUUUCAGUUGCUGACUAAUACCUUGCUUUCUGAAAUCAGGAGUUACAUUUUCCUUCAAUGAGCUGUGAGUUGGCAUAUUCUGUGGUGGUUUGAUUUGUGAUUUUUUGGGGGGGGUGGUGUUUAUUUUUAUUGUCAAAUUAUUACUUUGUUUCUUUAUCUUAUUUGGGAAUACUUAAUGGUUUAUUAGUUGUGCUGCUUUUUAAUUUCUGAAGCAGUUUGUUGCAAGCCCAUCUGCACAGAUCUCCUGUGGAAGGACAGUCCCCAUGACAGCAAGCCUCCCCGCUGAAGUGUCCUUGAGCAAGACUCAUGAGUGUUGCCCAGAUCCAUGGGUGUUGCUGUUUACACUGUCUGAUGAUGCCUGACAUCCCCUGUUAAGGUGGGAAAACAUGAAUUCCUCAUGGAAAUCCCCCUACCUGUAAAACACACAUUUACACAUUUCUAUUAUAUGAAUACACAUCCUAAAGUCCUACCAUAGAUAAAGAUAAUUAGCCUGUUCAUUUGUUUAUUCGAGUGGCAGCUUUUGGUGAUUCCUUCAGCUUAUGUGAAUGUAUUUUUGUCGAAGCUUUUACAGUAUAUUUAUAUUGGUUAACAUCAACAGAUGCUAUGAGAGAUUACAGAAACUAUCUGUAUUAAAGUGAAUGGGCAUUUUCUGUAUGUCAAAUGAUUCAAAGUAGUUUCAGCCAGGCUUGUUGUAAAGGAAUGCUGGAAACAUUUUACAAAAGGUAACAAACAGCUUAUUUCAGAGACCGUUCUGGUUUUAAUUGUUUAUUUCCAACUGUAAACAGAAAUAAAGUCAACAUAGA